GCUUAACAAGUUUGUAGACGUGAUUCACACUCCGUACCAUUUUGUCAUUAAAAAUGAGAGAAUUUCAAGUUUCAUUAAACUGCUAAGAGACCGUAAAUAGAAAUCGAUUUAAAUGCCCCAAUAAAUUUAAACCUGUUCAACAAGCGCGCAUCUGGCAGGUUGUCAUGGAAAUGACGGACCCGGGCGCAUUCAAGCGCGCGAUAUUUUUUGUAUCAUUAUUUCUGUCACUUCUCGAUUAGAAUAGAAUUCUACAUUUUCAGACUACUAUUAUUCGUGGUGAAUCAUAGAAACUCAUUUCACAUGCCCUGUUAGAGUAGUCCUAAAAGUCAUGCCGUUUCUAAAACCGAGGAAAGUUUCUGUUACUGAUACUAAAUUCGAAAAAUGUAAAAGAAAUGGUUGGCGAAAAUCAAUAUUCAGCGCAAGUUGGCCGCUGAAAAGCUGUUAUAUAGGAGAUUGGAAAAAUGAUAAGAAGGACGGCAAGGGAUUUCAACUUAGCGGAACUAAAUGGCUUUACAAAGGAGAUUGGUGGAAUGGAUAUCGACACGGAUACGGAAUGUUGGGUAAAGUCCUUGAGUCUAAGGAGAUAUGGAAAUGCUAUAUAGGUGAUUGGGUGAAAGGAAAGAAGCAAGGAUUCGGAGGAUCAUGGUACAUCGAUGGCAGUUACUAUGAGGGAAAUUUUUGGCAAAAUAAUCGUCAUGGCUUUGGAAGAAUGUGGUACGGAAAUGGUGAUUUUUAUCAAGGAAUGUGGAAGAUGGACCUCCACCAUGGUGAUGGAAUGCUUGUUAAAGCUAAUGGAAACAGAUACGAGGGAUAUUUCUUUCAUGGAAAAAAACAAGGGCGAGGUAUAUAUUAUCAUAUAAACACUGGUCAAAUACAAGAAGGGUGUUGGGACAAUGAUGUAUGCGUGGUAGGUACAAUGGAAGACCUUUACUGGCGACAAUCUGCCCACCAUUCAACUUUCUAUCCCAUACCAGAAAACAAGCUUUUAGACAGUGGUGACAUCAUCGCACGUAGGGAGAACGAAGUCAUUGGCUCGCAGGCACGAGAUUAG